AUGGUGAUGACUCAUCUCCCCGAGUCACUGAUGGAGAUCCAGAGAUGGACUGUGGAUUUUUUCAAAAACAAUCUACUGGUCUGGAUUCAGGAACAUGGAGGAUGGGAGCUUCAGUUUGAGCGGCUGACUCGAGAGCUAGAGGAGGAGCGGCAGAUUGUGGCCAGCCAGCUGGAGAGGUGCAUGCUGGGAGCUGAGUCGCCAGCGGGAGACAGCAGCAGCUCGUCCGAGAAGUCGUUUGCAUGGAGAUCUGCAGGUGAAGAGUUGCAGGGUGGAGUGAUGGAGGCGUCUGGGUGUCCUGGGCGUCAGCUGGAGGUGGAGGAGGGUCUCUUCAUGCCUGAACCCGACCGCGCCUCGCUGCAUGACAGUGAGGGCUCGGGGGGUCACUCGGCGCAGAUGACCUCGUAUUCAGACAGCGGUUACCAAGACAGCAGCGUGAGUUACUACAGCAACCAGAACGUGGUGCGCUCGGAGCCCCGCGCCUCGCUGUCCAGGAGCCCGAGGGCUGAGGGUCAAGCCUCUGGGCAGGUGUCGGGCAGGGUCCUACGGAGGAUGACGUCCCUCCCCUCCAGGAGCCAGUCUCCGGGAGGGGGCACCGUCUCCCCCUCCCGGAUCUCCCUGCGGACCUCCCAGGGCAGCACCUACGACUCCCCCAUCCUCUCGGAGCCCAAACCUCUGGCGGCCGUGUUCCUCGGGACCUCAAUGCCGCCCUCCUGCCCCUCGCCCUCCUCCCCAACCGACGCCACCCAGGCCCUGGGGGGAGUGGUGCUGGGAGUAGGUGGGGGGGGUCGCCUAGGCUCCACCCUGUCCCUGGUUGAGGGGAGGUGUCUGACGGGGUCCCCUCUGAGGUCGGGGAUGACGGCGGUGCCGCAGCACUACGGAUCAACGCUGCCCCGGCAGAGCCAGCCGCUGGGCUACGGGGCAGGGGACCCCUACGGCCUGUUCCAGAGGGGGGGGCUGCCGCGGCCCGACAGCCUCAUCGAAGGGGCCGUCGUAUAGCUCACCUAGCACCAUGGAACCAACCUGGCACCAUGGAACCAACCUGGAGCCAUGGAACCAACCUGGAGCCAUGUAUCCACACCUGGAGCCAUGUAUCCACACCUGGAGCCAUGUAUCCAC